UGGCAAAGAUGGCGGCGUCCUGCGUAGCUCUGCUCUUGCUGUUUCUGUUUCUACCGCUACUGCUGCUGGGCGGAUGGAAGCGCUGGCGACGUGGGCGCGCGGCCCGACACGUGGUGGUUUUGGUGUUGGGCGACGUGGGCCGCAGCCCCCGUAUGCAGUAUCACGCCCUGUCGUUGGCUAAGUGUGGCUUCUCCGUGACUCUCCUGGGGUUCUGCAACUCCAAACCCCAUAACAAGCUCUUGGAGAGUGACAGAAUUCAGAUUGUGAAGUUGACAGAACUUCAGGGUCUUGCAGUUGGGCCCCGGGUUCUCCGGUAUGGGGUCAAAGUUGUGUUUCAAGCAGUGUACUUGCUGUGGAAGCUGAUGUGGCAGGCGCCAGCAGCCUACAUCUUUCUCCAGAAUCCCCCAGGCCUGCCGAGCAUUUCCGUCUGCUGGCUAGUGGGCUGCCUGUGUGGGAGCAAACUGGUCAUCGACUGGCACAACUAUGGCUACUCCAUCAUGGGCCUGGUGCUUGGCGCCACACACCCAAUUGUCCUGCUGGCCAAGUGGUACGAGAAGCUCUUCGGGCGCAUGUCCCACCUGAACUUAUGUGUGACGAAUGCUAUGCGGGAGGACCUGGCAGAGAACUGGUGCAUCAGGGCUGUGACUGUCUACGACAAGCCAGCAUCUUUUUUUAAGGAGACGCCCCUGGACCUGCAGCACGAGCUCUUCAUGAAGCUGGGUCGCACAUACUCUCUGUUCAGGGCCUGCUCAGAACCCUCUGACCCAGACACAGAGAGGACUGCCUUCACAGAGAGGGAUGCUCAGACCAGGGUGGUGACUCGUCUUUGCAGGCGGCCGGCGCUGCUGGUCAGCAGCACGAGCUGGACAGAGGACGAGGACUUCUCUAUCUUGCUGGCAGCAUUGGAAAAGUUUGAACAACUGGCAUCUGAUGGAGACAGCCUUCCUUCUUUAGUCUGUGUGAUAACAGGCAAAGGGCCUCUGAAGGAACAUUACAUCCACCUCAUCAGCCAGAAGCGUUUCCAGCGCAUCCAGGUGUGCACCCCAUGGCUGGAGGCUGAGGACUACCCCCUGCUUCUAGGGUCAGCGGACCUGGGUGUCUGUCUACACAAGUCUUCCAGUGGUCUGGACCUGCCCAUGAAGGUGGUGGACAUGUUCGGGUGUUACUUGCCUGUGUGUGCUGUGAAUUUCAAAUGUUUACAUGAGCUAGUAAAACAUGGAGAAAAUGGCUUGGUUUUUGAGGACGCAGAGGAAUUGGCAUCUCAGCUGCAGAUGCUUUUAUCCAAGUUUCCUGAUCCUGCUGGCAAACUAAACUGGUUCAGGAAGAAUCUCCGGGAAUCAGAGCAGCUUCGAUGGCACGAGAGCUGGCAGCAGACUGUGCUCCCUUUGGUUAUGGACUCGUGAUCCCAUUGGUGACUAGAACCUCUGAGCACGUUGUGCUGGGUGAUGGAGGCGCAGCUGUCUUGUAGAAGAUGUGAGGCCUCCCCAGUGCCCCCUCACCUGGCGCCAGUCCCUGUCCUUUUUGCUUUUGAAUAGCAUGCCCUUCAGUGGCCAGAGCACAACAGUGGUGCUGCCUGGGGAAUGACCAGGAGACCGACUGGUCCAUUGUGGGCUCUGUAGGCGCUGAAAUUACUCCUUUAUUCUGUUCCAUUUGUACUGCUUUUUUGUUCCUUCUCAUGACCCCUCUUUAUGUCUGGUUUUCUGCCUUCUCCCAGCUGUACUGAGCUUCCAGCCCUGAUGCUGCCUGUAAAUGGUGCCCUGCUGCUCUAAGCUAGAGACAUCACACGUUCAGGUGUCUUGGCUUAGAGAGGGGCUGAGUGUGCAGGCUGGGGAAUUACACUUGAAAAUAUACAUGUUUAUCUGUACAAACAAAAUACCUGCCUUUGAGCCAAACUAUGUUUCUGAUGGCUGGUGAUAAUGAACCAGAACUGUGGACAGAAAGGGAGCACUCACACAGUUUGUAUUUCCUUAGAAUAGGCUGGGGUUCCUCAUCUAGAAUUUAGUAUUCUUCUAACACUCAAGUUCAAUGAAAGUUUUACCAGUUUUUCUACAUGAAAAACUUCUUAUGAUACAGGUUUAUUUUUUCGGGACUACAGGGUCUCACUACACAGAUCGGGCCCAUAGUGAUCCUCCUGUUUUAAGCCUCUCAAGCACUGGG